CUCAUUUCUUCCAGAAACACUUGAAUAUUUUUGAAGAUUGCAAGAUUUGUUUUUAAUGCAAUAAAUUAUUAAUUCAAUUAAUAUUUAAUUUAACACCUUAGCAAUAAAAGAUACAUAUAAAAUCAUCAUAAAUUCAAUUAUUUGAAAAAAACCCAUAUUCUUUUCCACUCAAUCUUCUAUUAUACAAAAAAUAUGGAUGACCACCAGGAACAGAUAAUUUUUGACGAAACGUCGCCUUUUCACAAUCCUUACCCAACCUUUGACCAUUCUCGCCUUGUAUUUCAAUCGCCAGUUGAUGGUUCCAAUCUGGAAGGUCUCGAUGUCAAUGUGGAGAAUCUCGAUAAUAUUGAAAUUGACUCUUUUUAUGCCGAUCAGCUUCCCUUCAUUCCUCCUAUUCCUCCUUGCAACGAUAAGUAUUCGUUAGUGUUGGAUCUAGACGAAACACUGGUUCAUUGCGCCCUCGUUCCACUUCCCGAAUCGCAAAUGAGUUUCAAAGUCACCUUUCAAGGCGUUCUUUAUGAAGUUUACGUGAAACUCAGACCUCACUUCAAAGAAUUUUUGGAGCGAGUGUCCGAAAUAUUCGAAGUUAUUUUGUUUACCGCUUCCAAAAAAAUUUACGCCGAAGCUCUUAUGGAUAUACUAGAUCCGGAUAAAAAAUUGAUAAAGUUUAGACUGUUUAGGGAACACUGCGUAUGCGUUCACGGUAAUUACAUUAAGGAUUUGGCCAUCCUCGGACGCGAUUUAUCGAAAACAAUCAUCAUAGACAAUUCGCAAGUUGCUUUUUUGUACCAACCCGAAAAUGGGAUCUUGAUCAAUUCGUGGUUCGACGACAAAACAGAUAACGAAUUACUCAAACUUUUGCCUUUUUUAGAAGAAAUUCCGAAAAGGACUGAAGACGUAAGAAUUAUGAUUAAACAAUUUACUCAAGCAAAAACCGGAUAAAAUUUUGAAAAAGCAAAAUCCACACCCUUUCCAUAUUUCUUUUUUAGUCAAACAUUUAUAAUCACCAGUAUUUCUCAACCUAUGAAAUCUCAAUCUCAAAUUUUUUUAUACAUAUAUUUAAUUUAUUCAAAUAAUUUAUUCCUUCGAAUGCAAAAGAAAGAAAAAAAAUUUUUUAUCUUAUUUUUUUCCCUGGUGUGUAAAUAUAUUCCAAAUUUUUUUUUAAAAAAAAAUGCAGUAUUUUUUUAUUUAAACUAUGACAAAUUUUUUUUAAAAAAGUAUGAAAAAUUAUUAGUAAAAAUCGUAAAAAUCAAACAUUUUUUUUAACAAAUGCUUUAAUUUUUAAUUAUGUGAAAUACAUUUAUAUUAUGCCUGUUUUAUAUUUAUAAAUUUGUCAAUAUUUAAUUAUAAUUUUUUAUUGAAUGUGUUUGGGUGAUUUCAUUUUUUAAUAGUUCUUUCUAUAUGCAAAAUAUAAUAUAUUUUUGGGGUUUAAGCUUCCAAAUGGUAUUUAUUUAAACGACAAAUUAGAUUUUUAUUCUAAAAAAUAAAAAUAUUAUAUAUAAUAUUUUUAAAAAUACUUCCCGACGCAAUAGUUUUUAAAAAAAAUCAACCUUAUUAUCUCAAUUUAUAUUUUUUUGAAUUUAAUUGAAUUCCUUGUCUAUAA